AUGGUCUACCACGUCAUAGACCCUGCUGGAGACGUGGUCCUCACUCUCGAAUGGCCCACAGCUGGCUCGUCUGCUUCAUCCAACACCGAUAAUUCGCCGACACAUUCUACAUGCUCUCCAGACGAAUCUGAGGAGUCUGAAUCCCCUCGUUCUCCCGAGCCCGAAGCUCCUGGCCCUGUUGAAGCGGAACACAACGUUGAAGCGGUACACAACGUCGAACAACAGCCCGGAGUAUCAGAACCGCCGAUUCGCCUGUUCUCAACCUUUCGCCUCUCGUCGCGCCACCUUAUACUGGCCUCGACCGUUUUUGAGGCUGCCCUUAAAGGCGGUUGGCAAGAGGGGAACGGUUCCAAUAAUGGUGACCUUCAUAUCUCAGUGAGAGGUUUUCACCCGAAAGCCCUGGAGAUUGUCCUGGAUGCCAUCCACGGCCAGUAUCGAUGGAUCCCGAAGACGAUUAGCCUAGAAACGCUUCUUGGCGUGGCCACAAUCGUGCACCACUACGGUGUCCACGAGCCCUUGCAGCUUCUGGCGCCGAUUUGGAUCGACCACCUCAGCGAGCAUCUUCCCCAGAACAUGGAGUCCGAGAAACUGGUUUUGCAGUGGAUACUGAUUCUUUGGGUGUUUAACGACGCGGGCCGAUUUACACAAGUUACGCAGGUCGCCAUGCGGUACGCCAUUGGAGAGUUGAAAAACAAGGCCUCAAUGCCCAUCCCUCCUCAAAUACUGGAUGCCAUAAACCAGCGACGUAAGGAGAUGAUCGAGAAGAUAUUCGUGAAUUUCCACGCUCUGAAAGACGAUUUGAUAGAUAAUGCCAAGGGCUGUAGCAUCGCUUGCAGCACGUUGCAACUUGGCGUCCUGGUUCGCACAAUGUCCAUGUUGAUGCUUUUCAACGACACAUCAGAAGACUGCUUCAGCUUCUACUAUGCCGCUGACAUUAUUCAGACAAUCGAGUUUAUCAAGUGGCCGUAUUUCUGCGAGAAAGGCGAGGAGCGCUACGCUCGCUCCCGCGAGGUUCAUGUGUGCCCACAUAAUGAACCUACUUUCCGAAGCGAGUGCGAGGCGUUGGUCGAUGAGAUCGAGAGAAGAAUGACGGGGCUAGACCUGGGGGGUUUUGUUUCUAGUGCAUUGUAG